AUGACGCACACCAAGAAACGCCUCGAAAAGGAAUUCCAGAGCUUGCGAAAAAGUCCAGCUGACGGCUAUCACGUCGAGCUCAAACAUGGCGACAUCUUCGAAUGGAUCGGCACUCUCCACGGCCUUGAUAAUUCCCCCUACGAAGGCGGUAAUUUCGCCUUUCACAUACAAUUCACCGAAGACUACCCAGAGAAGCCGCCCAAAGUCAACUUCAUGACCAAAAUCUACCAUCCCAAUGUUGACGUAAGGACGGGUGUUGUCAGUUGGAAGAUGCUGGGAGAGGACUGGCAUCACAACAACACAAUGGAGAAGGUACUGAUGAGCUUGAGGACUUUGUUGGAUCAUCCGGAGUUGGAGAGCGCGGUGGAGGUGAAGAUCGCGAAUGAGUAUGCGAAUUCAAGAGGGGCUUUCGAAAUGCACGCGAAACAGUGGACGCUGAAGUGUGCUAAGGAAGAUUCUGUGUAA